AUGGCAUAUAGCUCCGAAGACAGCUCGGACGGCGUCGCACAGAGCGAGCUGAGCUGGAGCGUUGAGGCUGUCGCGCUCUCGAUGCAGCUUGACUUUGGGACGAAUUGGUACAGCGACCCGUGGGCGUACAGCAGAGCGCAGGCAGCUUGGGUUGAGGCGGAAAACUCUCUCGACAGCGAGGCUUUGUGGGAGGCGAGCUCGCACCUCACGUACGCGGGCAUCGACUUGACGGACAAGGGCAUCAGGGUGCAGAAGCGUAGCGCCGUGACGGGCUGCUACGACGUCGAGCUCGAGUCGGUGCAUCUGGUCGACGCCCGCAGGUACACACGAACGGCCAUGGGGAAGAAGGGGGUGGCGCGGAGUGUGGACGACUUUGCAGGGCAGGCGACGGUCGACUGGUUCAUUGCCGCCGGCGUGGUUCCCGACUGUGCCGACAUCAACUGCGACUCGAACCGCAUCCUGCUUGAACGCCGUUUCCGUACUGCGCUCGACAACCGCCACUUGCGCCUGGUCCCGAACGCCGACCUCGUCCUCGUUCGCCUCGUGUCCGAGAUCAAGUAUCAGGAACGGCGCCUGUCGCCCGCUCCCCUCGUUCCGCAGAAACGAGGAUCGCCCGACGACUCGAGCGCGGCAACUCCUCCUAUUCGACCCCGCUUUGACGAGUUCUACGACGAGCUCGAGAAGACUGGCGCCGUGUUCCGCCUCUUCGGGACGAUCGAGCUGGAAGAUCCUAUCAUCGUCCGCACGAUGCGCAAGGCUGAAUCGUUCAAAGUCGAGGGGAUCAACCUCGACUCGGCUCGUCGCGCAACGAUCGCGUCCCGUGCAGAGACGGCGGACGUCCCGGACUCGGAGUACGCGGUCUUCCCGCCACUUCGCGUCCCCGUCUCGAUGAAUUGCCUGAUCUACGCGGUCAAGGACACGGUCGAGAUCGGGUCGCCUGCGUCGUACGACGUCUACGACGAGACGCGCCGCCUCCAAGGCAUCAUCCAGCUCCUCGUCUUCUACUGGAUGCUCGACGACGACUCGACAGAGGCAGACAUCCGCCGCCUCCUCGACCAGUUCCGCCAACGCGUCCUGUCAGACUAUCCCGGCACGUUCUGGGCCAACAACAUCCACGACCUCGGCUCCUUCACCUACGCCGAUCUCGCUUCGCACGUCUCGCUUCCCGAAAACGCCAUCGACACACGCACCGCGCGCCCACCGCGUCGUCCGGGUCGUCGGCGUGCUCCGGGCCAAGCGCGCGACUCGCCGGUCCAGCCCAUGAGCGGCGUCGAGACUGAGGUCAUGAACCUCGGCGCGGUCACCUUGCGGCAGCACGACACGACUCUUUUGCCGCACACGCACGACGACUCGGCCGGUUCUUUGUAG